CCGCGACCCCCAUUUCCAUACCAAACAAAUAAAUCUUAGACAUGCCAGAAACAUCAUCAACAAAUUGUCCAAAUUCCAUCAAAAUUGGACCUAUAAUGUUCACAACACAAUUUCUCCUAGUUUUUUCUCUUCUUUUAUCACUUCCUAUCCUUUUCCUCUUAGCCCCAAGAAUCUUUCCUCCUCAUAACCCUUCCAUCCCCAUCUCCCCUUCCGAUGAACAAGACGACCUCUACCUCUUCCGCAAAGCCGCCGCCGUCUCCGCCUCCUCCUCCUUCGUCACCCACUACCCUUCCGCCCAUACCCAUUUCACCUCCAAAUCAAAAAAACUUAAAAUCGCUUUCCUUUUCUUGACCAAUACAGAUCUCUUUUUCGCUCCUUUAUGGGAACAAUUCUUCAAAUCCGCCGACAAAAACCUCUUCAACAUUUACGUUCACGCCGAUCCUUAUUCCAAUGUUACAAAACCCAAAGGGGUUUUUAGUUCCCAGUUCAUUCGGAACGCGAAACGGACUUAUCGCGCCUCCCCAACCUUGAUCUCUGCCAGUCGCCGCCUCCUCGCCACUGCCAUCCUCGACGACCCAACCAACACAUUCUUCGCCGUCCUCUCCCAGUACUGCAUCCCUCUCCAUUCCUUCAAAUACGUCUACGAUUCCUUAAUUUCUUCUAAAUCUUUCGAUUUUUCUUCCUCCGAGUCGGGACCUGAGUCGACUCAGUAUAAUGUGAAAAUCGAGUACAAGAGUUUCGUCGAGAUUAUAUCGAAGGAGCGGCGGUUAUGGAAAAGAUAUGUCGCUAGAGGGAGGUAUGCAAUGAUGCCAGAGGUGCCCUUUGAGAAAUUCCGCGGUGGGUCUCAGUUUUUUGUCAUCACGCGCCGACACGCGCUCAUGGUGAUUGAGGAUCGUAGGCUGUGGAACAAGUUCAAGCAGCCGUGUUAUCGAGAACAUGAAUGUUACCCUGAAGAACAUUAUUUUUCUACGUUAUUGUCAAUGCAGGAUCCGAAGGGGUGUACUAAGUAUACAUUAACAAGGGUUAAUUGGACAGGAACCCGUAACGGGCAUCCUUAUACUUAUAAGGCUGGUGAGAUUUCUCCGGUUUUGAUUCAGGCGCUGAAAGAAUCGAAUUAUUCGAGUUCGUAUUUGUUUGCUCGGAAAUUCGAACCGAAUUGUUUGAAACCUUUGAUGAAAAUUGCUGAUGAAGUCAUUUUCCAGGACUAAUGUUGUGAUGAAUAAAAGAGUUGAAGAUAUAUGAAGCAGUGUAAGGUAUUGUUGGAGUAACUUGCGUUGGGGAGAAUGGUUUUGAAGAGGCGUCAAGUGCCCACAACCUGAAAAAAUUAACCCCAAAAGUUGCAGCCCGGAGAGGGCCAUUAGAAGCAUAGAAAGGGAUGAAAAAUAGGUACUUCAACUCGGGGGUGGAGAGCAAAAGAAACUACUUUUUGAUGAAGAUAUCUACAAAGUCGAAAAUUGUAGGAGUUUUUGUCUUCUUUUUGUGUGUGUUCUGUACAUAUGUGAAUGUUUAUGUACUUUUAGGACAGAAAGAGGGAGGGAAGAAAAUGCAGCAAUUCAGCAAGGAAAAGCAUUGUAGGGAACGGUGAUGUGCUCUGAUUAAAGAACCUGAGCCAAAAUCAACCCCCCUCCUCCCCCAUCCGCCCACCCCUUCUCUUUUAUUCAAAUUUUGAUGUCUUAUUUUAUUUUUAUUUUUGGGCAAAAUCUCAGUUUAUUUAAUAAAUUGCGGAUCAAUCUCCUACUAUCAA